UUAAGCACAAUGUCUCCUCCAGCCUUUGCUUUGUAUAUAGUAGCUCUACUUGUUGUAAUAGCGGCUCACAAACCAGCUUUGACACAUUUGUCGCUACUUAUGGAAUCAGCUGAAGUUGGAGGCAGUACGACUUUGCAGUGCCUCUGUCGGGACGAUGCAGCUGUGAUGUUUUACUGGUACAAACAAACUCAGGGGAAGGAACCAAGACUCGUCUGCACAUUCUACAAAUAUAAAGAAAACCGUUUUGAAGAUGAAUUUGACACUUCUCGUUUCUCUUUAGACAGUAAAAACCACAGCAACAUUUUGCUGAACAUAUCCGAUUUGAGGAUGUCAGACUCAGCGACUUAUUACUGUCUAAAGAGCAACUUAGCUGUCAUCAAGUUUUGUGAGGGGACUACACUCAUUGUGAAAGGUUCAGGACUAAACCCCCCAACAUCACUCCAACAGUCUGAGACGGAGCCCAUCCGAUCACCGGACUGCUCAGUACAAACUGGGAACUGUGGUGCGGAGCACAGUUUUUACUGGUUCAGGAACUCUGGAGAUUUCCACCCUGGGUUGAUUUACAGCCAGGCGGGCGAUAAGAACGCGUGUGAGAGGAAACGCAAGGCAUCAACAAACAGCUGUUCUUUCAACCUGCCAAUGAAGAACCUGAAUAAGUCACAAAAUGGAGCCGAUUUCUGUGCUGUUGCUUCAUGUGGACACAUACUGUUUGGAGACCAGACCAUCGUCCACUCUAAAGGUGACUCUGUCUCCAUUGUCUUGGUUUAUCUCCUGAGUGGAGCUUUGUCACUCACCGCCCUGCUAGCAGCUACACUGGCCUUCUCGGUGUUAAGACUGAGCAAAAGACACAGUCAGCAAACAGAUUGCAACGAUACAUUUUCUGCAACAAACGCUCCAACUGCUCGGCAGCUCCAAGGUGGAGAAAACCUCCAAUAUGCUGCUGUGAACAAUGUGAAGCAAAACAUGUCAGGAGGAGCAAAGAAGAACUUCAGUGAAUGUGUCUAUUCUACUGUGAGGCAGUAGAGUUCUGUUGCUGUUGAUGAUUGUGAAAAACAUGUUUGUCUUUAUCUGACUUUAUCACAGGGUAUAUAGGUGAUAUGUAAGCUUGUUAUAAAGUUUUGUACAAAGCUAA